AUCUUGCGAUAUCCCAUAUAAACAAUCGCAAAAGCAAAACCGUUCGUCGCGCAUAAAAAGACUUAUCGGUUUUCGUUUCUGCCUGGAACAAUGAACCGAUUUGAAUAUUGCCAGGCACGUCUGUUCGAAAGCGAAUCCUUUGUGGCAAAAGAUCGUAGCAUUAAGCUUUACGAUGGCGACGAAAAGACAAACUACGAAGACGGCGAAAUCGUGUUGACUAGCCACCGGUUGCUGUGGGGUCGUAACGGGGAAAUUGCACGCGGAGGCAAUUGUUUGGAUUUGAAACUGAAGUACGUGUUGUCCGUAGACGAGGAAGAAGCCAGCUCAAUGUUGUUCAGUCGAAAGAAACGGAUCAUUUUGCGGCUGAGCGAACCAGCACCGGACAAGCGACCCGGACCGAUGGAUCACAGCUGCUCAUCCUUUGUGAAACUAUCUGGCCGCAAUGGAGUUGAUCAGGCAUUUGUUCAGGCACUACAUUCUACACUAGCCGCCCGCAUUUGGGCUGUGGCGGAUAAUGCGGCCGCCCUUCCAUCAGACCAGUCAGCUGCUGCUGGACCCAGCACAGAUGCAGGAAAACAACGCCAGCUGCGCAUUGGAAUAGUAGGCAUUGAGCGUAAUUUGGUCGAGAAACAAAAGCAAACAGAUGCCAACAUUAACCUCGCGUUCAAAGAUCUUGGCAAGCUGAUGGGUAUGGCCAAGGAUAUGGUGGCCAUCACGAAUGCCGUUAGUGCAAAAAUACGCGAACGCCAGGGUGAGAUAUCGGAGGACGAGACGGUACGUUUCAAAUCGUAUUUAUUGAGCCUUGGUAUUGAUGAUCCUGUGACGCGGGACGGAACGCGCAGCAAUUCGGAAUAUUUCCUCAAGCUUUCGCGGCAGCUCUGCGAGAUGCUACUCGAUCCGAUCACCGAAGCAGGCGGUAUGAUGUCGCUGGCCGAUGUUUACUGUCGCGUGAAUCGGGCCCGUGGUCUGGAGUUGCUUUCGCCGGAAGAUCUGCUAGAAGCGUGCCGACUGCUGAUGGGACCGAUUAAACUACGCGAGUUCCCAAGUGGCGCGAUGGUGUUGCAGCUAGAGUCGCACGACGAUGCGCUGGUUUCGGAACGCACCGUAGAGUUAGUCGAGCAGAAUGUUUCCCUAAGCCCGGAUGAAUUGGCGCGCCUUGAGUGUAUAUCGCUGCUGUUAGCUCGUGAACGGUUGCUGACAGCCGAAGGUUUUGGCCAGCUGUGCCGCGACGAAUCAAUCGAAGGUUUACGCUUCUAUCCGAACAAAUUCGUACAAUGUUGA